AUGGCCUCUCAGCACGUGAUCACAAACCAGCCCCACUUUUCUGCUGUCCAGCAGGUAGGAGAGUGGCAGACAGGGUUGAUGGAUUGCUGCACCGACUGGGGCGUGUGUCUCUGUGGAACCUUCUGCUUCUACUGCCUCUCCUGUCAAGUGGCUGGGGACAUGAACCAGUGCUGCUUGUGUGGCUCCAGCGUGGCCUUGAGGACCCUGUACCGUACCCGAUACAACAUCCCGGGCUCUAUUCUGGAUGACUACCUGGCUGCUGUGUGCCUCUCCUCGUGCUCACUCUGCCAGCUGAAAAGAGACAUCAAGCGGAGGAAGGAGAUGGGCAUAUUCUGAUGCUGCCCUCCUCGAUGGACCCUCCCGAGUCGCUGCAGGGAGGACUCACCACAGCCCGGCCCCUUGGGAAAUGCCCCAGGGCUGGUUGGUUUGCCUCGAUUGUGUUUGAUUUGCCCAUCCCUGGGUAACACCUGCAAUAAACAGC